AUGUCUUCUGGUUCUACCAAUUCUUAUCUUAACAAUAGUAAUGGUCCUGAAUUAGUAUAUGUAACUAAAAUCCCUGAAAUUAAAAGAAUGAAUUAUCCUAAUUUCUCAUUAACUAUAACCCCUCCUAAUUCAGACAUCCCUAAAAUACUUCCUUUAGUUACAAAUAUUGUUCCUAUAAUCCACAGUGAUGCUCAACAUGACUUUAAUGGAAAUACUAAUACCAGAAGUGCUAUAAAACCAUUUAAUAUUACACCAAAUAUACAAUCAAUACAAUCAAUAGAACCAAUAGACCUAAUACAACCAAUACAACCACUUUUGGUUUCUAAUCCCCAUCCAAAAUUGAACAGUGAUGCUCAACAUGACUUUAAUGGAAAUACUAAUACCAGAAGUGUUAUAAAACCAUUUAAUAUUACACCAAAUAUACAAUCAAUACAAUCAAUAGAACCAAUACAACCAAUACAACCACCUUUGGUUUCUAAUCCCCAUCCAAAAUUGAACAGUGAAAAUACUUCUAAAAGAAGAAGUAAAGAUAACAAAGGAGAUUUAGACUCUAGUGAAACUAGUUCUGAACCCCAAAAAGAUCACGACAAACAACUCACCAGUUCACAUAAAAAAGAUAAAUCCGAACAGAAGAGUGAUAAUGAAAAUAUUAAAAUUAAGUGUAUGUUUUCUGAUUUAAAAGAUGAUAAUGAAAUAUUUAAGGAUGAAGUAAUUACAUUAACACAAAAGAUCUUUAAAAAACAUGAUUUAAGACUUAACAAAGAAAAGCUAAAAACACUCUACGAGUUUAAUAACCAAUCAAGUUUGUUAUCAGCAUCAGUUAUUCAAAAUAUAUUAUAUAACAAAACUAAUGUUAUGUUUUAUUUUAUGACAGAACAAAAUCUUUAUGGUGCCUAUUUUUCAAAGUUUGGCAGUAAACCAAAUGAUGAUAAGUGGAUGGAUGACGAAAAGUAUAGAAUUUAUUCUAUCUUCAGAAAUAAGCAAUUCCAUUUACAAGAAUGGAAGAGAAAAGAGUUUCAAGACCCAGAUGAUACUUCAAAAAAUAUACUUCAUGCCUAUGGACUUUUCACUCCAUUAAACACAGAAAAAGAGGUUAUUCAAACAUAUUGUGGAAUUGUAGUUAAUAAAGACAAAAGUAUGCAAUGGGAUGAUAAUUUCGAUGAUUAUUAUGAAUGUACUGAAAGUAAAAAUCCAUUCUUUAAUACAAAAGACAAUAGAAACGAGAAAAUAGUGAAAAUUAUCAUUAUUGGACAGGCAUAA